ACGGCCAUCUGGCAAAAGGGGUGCUGACAGGGGGCUUGGCUUUUUGGGGGAGGCCACCAGGUCUUUAAGGUCGUGGAGGAGCCCACCAAGGAGGCUGGCCUGGGAGAGACAGAGGGAAGGAGGUCAGGCUCCAGGCCUGCCCUGGCCCUUCCUGUUCACAUGGACAGAGGAAGCGGGGUGCUGAGUCAGCCCCCCCAGCCCCAGCCACAUGGAUGAAUGCACACUUGCAGGCCUGCAGAUGGGAAGCCUGAAGGGGGACGGAGAGAUGCAAUGGCCAGCCUUGGUUGCAGAGGGGCUGGGAGGAAGGGCACGAAGUCAGGCCUGGGUCUGGGAUUUGAAUUCAGAUGCCACCACUUAACAGCUGUGUCUUUGUGGUUGGGAGGCUUCAUGUUGCUGAGCCUCCAUUUCCUCAUCUGUAAAGUGAGGGGCAUGAGCCCCUUUCUAGCUCAUGGGUGGCUGGAGUGCCCAAGGGGCUGGCAGGGACACAUGGUUGGUGUUCAGUGAUUGUGAAGCACUGGGAAUCCUUCUCCUGGCCCUCAGGGAUGCUGUGUGUCCUGGAGGGACAGCAGGGACAAACUGGGCCACCUCGGCUUGGGUUGGUGUGGGGGCAGGGCUAGGCUUGGAGAGGCCUGGGGCAAAUGGCAGCCUUCCACAUUGCUGCUCACCUUUGAUCCAGAGGUGACUCACCCAUAGCCAUUAGUCUCCUGGGUGAGGAACAGCCAGUGUUGGGAGCCACCUGGGUCCUCAGAGCUCCAUGUGGGGCACCAAGGGUCAGUGACUGUGGUGGCCCUGCCCUCCUUUCACUGACUGGCUGCUUCAUGGCGGCUGAGGAGAUGCACUGGCCUGUCCCCAUGAAGGCCAUCGGUGCCCAGAACCUGCUAACCAUGCCUGGGGGUGUGGCCAAGGCUGGAUACCUGCACAAGAAGGGUGGUACCCAGCUGCAACUGCUCAAAUGGCCCCUGCGCUUUGUCAUCAUCCACAAGCGAUGCAUCUACUACUUCAAGAGCAGCACGUCGGCCUCCCCACAGGGCGCCUUCUCACUGAGUGGCUAUAACCGGGUGAUGCGGGCAGCUGAGGAGACGACAUCCAACAAUGUUUUUCCCUUCAAGAUCGUGCACAUCAGCAAGAAGCACCGCACAUGGUUCUUCUCAGCCUCCUCUGAGGAUGAGCGCAAGAGCUGGAUGGCCUUGCUGCGCAGGGAGAUUGGCCACUUCCAUGAGAAGAAGGAGCUGUCCCUGGACACCAGCGACUCCAGCUCCGAUACAGACAGCUUCUAUGGGUCAGUCGAGCGGCCUGUGGACAUCAGCCUCUCUCCAUACCCCACGGACAAUGAAGACUAUGAGCACGAUGAUGAGGAUGACUCAUACAUGGAGCCCGACUCCCCUGAGGCCAUGAAGCCCGAGGAUGCCCUCACCCAUCCGCCGGCCUACCCACCACCCCCAGUGCCUGUGCCGAGGAAGCCAGCCUUCUCUGACAUGCCCCGAGCCCACUCCUUCACCUCCAAGGGCCCCAGCCCCCUGCUGCCGCCAGUGCCCCCUAAGCAUGGCCUCCCAGAUGCCGGCCUGGUCCCUGAGGACUCCAAGAGGGACCCGCUGGGCCUGAGGAGGGUAGAAUCUGCCCUCAGGGUGCCCGCUACCUCCCGAAGGAUGAGCGACCCCCCACUGGGCAGUGUGCCUGUUGCUCCCGGCCUUCGGAAGCCCCCUUGCUUCCGAGAGUGUGCUAGCCCCAGCCUGGAGCCCUGGACCCCUGGCCAUGGGGCUAGCUCUGCCUCCAGUUCUGCCAUCAUGGCUGCUGCCACCUCCAGGAACUGUGACAAACUCAAGUCCUUUCACCUGUCUCCCCGGGGGCUGCCCACAUCUGAGCCCCCACCUGUGCCAGCCAACAAGCCCAAGUUCCUGAAGCCAGCUGAAGAGGACACCCCAAGGGAGGCAGCAAGGCCUGGACUCUUUGUGCCCCCUGUGGCCCCCAGGCUUCCUGCACUGAAGCUGCCCACGCCUGAGGCCACAGCUCGGCCCUUAGUGCUACCCAGGCCAGAGAAGCCGCCGCUCCCCCACCUCCAGCGAUCACCCCCGGAUGGGCAGAGUUUCAGGAGCUUUUCCUUCGAAAAACCCCGGCAACCCUCGCAGGGUGAUGUGGGCCAGGAGGACUCAGAUGAGGACUAUGAGAAGGUGCCGCUGCCCAGCUCAGUAUUCGUCAACACCACAGAAUCCUGCGAAGUGGAAAGGCUAUUCAAAGCCACGAGCCCUCAGGGAGAGCCCCAGGACGGACUCUACUGCAUCCGGAACUCCUCCACCAAGUCUGGGAAGGUUCUGGUCGUGUGGGAUGAAACCUCCAAUAAAGUUAGGAACUAUCGUAUCUUCGAGAAGGACUCCAAGUUCUACCUGGAGGGCGAGGUCCUGUUUGUGAGCGUGGGCAGCAUGGUGGAACACUACCACACCCAUGUGCUGCCCAGCCACCAGAGUCUGCUGCUGCGGCACCCCUAUGGCUACGCUGGGCCCAGGUGA